UGCUGGAAAAUGAGGACGCGGUAUUUAAGUGACUUGAAAACAAGGCAUGCUGGAAUCGGCUUCUGUCUUAUGUUGCUCUUUACCGCCUUCACUUCCUUAUAUUUAUGGUAUUUACCAGGCUAUCUCCCUGAAGUCGAUCUGCAGGAGGCUACUAUAGAACCGACACCGUUCAAUUUAGACGACACACUUAACUAUAGAGCCAGAAGAGGGUUUGGGACUCGCACAUCUUGGAAUGCUCCUAUCAUGUGGGACGGGAUGUUUGACCCCAACUUUUACGACCAACAGCACAUCCGAAGCAAGACCUCAGUGGCCCUCACCGUGUUUGCUGUCGGAAGGUACCUGGACGCCUACCUCAAGAAUUUCCUUACCUCUGCAGAACAACAUUUUAUGCCGGGACUACAAGUGACAUUUUACGUGUUCACAGAUCAACCAGAGAAGGUACCAAACAUCCAGCUUGGUCCUCAGCGAAGCCUGAAGGUUAUUCAGGUGGAGAAGCACAGUCGGUGGCAGGACAUCUCCAUGAUGCGCAUGAAAACAAUAUCCGAUACCCUAGAAUCAGAUAUUCGUCACCACUGCAAAUAUGUCUUCUGCUUUGAUGUGGAUCAGUUGUUCAAGGCAAGAUUUGGCUCCGAGGCUCUGGGGGACUCUGUGGCUAUGAUACACGCCGGCUUAUUUAGAACACCAAAGUAUUUGCAGACCUUUGACAGAAACCCAAAAUCUAAAGCCUACCUGCCAGCUGGAGAUUACUACUACCAUGCUGCUGUCUUCGGAGGCUUGUGUGGAAAUGUGAAGGAUCUGGUAGAUUUCUGCUAUCAGGGUAUCAUGGAGGACAAACAAAACAAUGUGGAGGCUCUGUGGCAUGAUGAGAGUCAUCUAAACAAGUACUAUUGGCUUCACAAACCCACCAAGCUACUCUCCCCCGAGUACUGCUGGAUUCAGGGUUAUGACAGUGAAAUACACAUUGCCCGCCUUAUAUGGUUACCAAAACAAUAUGACAAACUUCGUACUCGGUAGAGUGCCUGGAAAAGGCACACAUAUUGAUGAAUUAUUAUUAUUAUUAGUGACUGGGAAUCUCUACUCUGAGAUGUGAACUUAUUUGCCAGACUUUUAAGGAGAACCAAGAAACAUGGUCACAUCACUCCAGUUUUUGUGCCUUACACUGGCUCUCAGUAUGUUUUAGAAUUGAUUUUAAGAUUUUACUGAUUACUCUUAAGGCCCUUCAUGGCCUCACUCAUGCUACAUCUCUGACCUCUUAACACCCUACACACCAGUCCGCACUUUGAGAUCCUCGGGCAGAGAUCUUCUGACUGUUCCAGAGGCCCAGCUGAAAACUAAAGGGGGACAGAGCAUUCACAUUCAGGGCCUUGAGGCUCUGGAACAACCUGCUCGAGGAAAUCAGGUCAGCUGAGUCAGUGAUCUCUUUUAAGUCUUUUAUAAAACAUACUUUUAUUGGAGAGCUUUUCCUGAUUUUACCUGAACUUUAACUUUCCUUGAACUGUCUUUUACUUGCACAGAAUGCUGUCAUUUUCUAAAAUGACUUUUAUCUGUUAUUUUAAGUCUGUUUUUAACUUGUCUUUGUAAAGCACUGUGUAACAUGUG